AAAAGACGAAAUUUUGCAUCUGCGCUACGAACGCAGGCCUUUCUUCGAUCUCCUCAGAACUGUGGGGAGUAGUCACUCCAUUUGAAAAAGUUUUCCCCGGUGAGAUAAUUGGGUAUUGAGUGCGUUUUUGGGGAAAGAUAUGGCUGAUAAGAAGGGAGAACAAAUGUAUACGCGACCCCCAAAACUGUCUGGUUGGGAUAGUUUCAAAGUCUUUUUAUGGAAUUCUGAAACUAGCCAGUUUUUGGGAAGAACUGGCGCAAGUUGGGGAAAAAUCCUUCUUUUUUAUCUUAUUUUCUACUCCGCCUUAAUUGGUUUCUUCUCCGCGAUGUUAGCAGUAUUUUAUCAAACACUGGAUGAUAGGAAACCAAAAUGGAAACUGGAUAAAUCUCUCAUCGGAAGUAAUCCAGGUCUUGGAUUCAGACCAAUGCCACCAGACAGUAACGUUGAGAGCACGCUGGUAUGGUACAAAGCCAGUGAUAAGGGAAAUAUCCAGUUUUGGCAACAUCAACUUGAUGACUUCUUAGCAACUUACCAAAAGGAAAAUAACCCCAAUUAUAAUAAUGUAGAGCCAUGUGAGCCCCACAAAAAACCUUCGAAGGGUAAAGUUUGUGAUGUCCAACUGGAUUCAGAAUGGCAGAAGUGCGUGAAAGAAAAUGGAUAUAAUUAUGAUUCUCCCGAAGGAGGACCCUGUAUCUUUUUGAAACUGAACAAGAUUUAUGGCUGGGAACCCGAUUAUUACAAUUCAUCCAAUGUACCUGACAACAUGCCGGAAUACUUGAAACAGGAGAUCAAAGAAGCCGAAAAUAGGAACGACUAUAAAUAUGUGUGGGUCACUUGCCAAGGAGAAAAUCCAGCUGAUGUUGAAAAUAUAGGAAUGAUCCGCUACUUACCAAAAUGGGGAUUCUCAUCGGAAUACUUCCCAUUCGAAAACGUCGAUGGUUACCUAAGCCCGCUAGUUGCCGUUUAUUUCGAAAAACCGAAGCGUGGAGUUCUGAUCAAUAUAGAAUGCAAAGCCUGGGCCAAAAAUAUUAUCCACGACCGAACUGAUAGAAGAGGUUCUGUUCAUUUCGAAUUGAUGAUAGAUUAAGCCAAAUAAUUUUCCCUCGACUAGAUUUUUAACGAACAUAUUUGUUACUGCCAAUUCAAAAUUUUCCAGGAAAAAUUGUGAAGGUACUUCAUCUACGAUCAACGUAUUCCGCACAUCAAAAUCAAUGAAAAUAGGUACAAGAAAAGUAACGCCACAAAAUGGUAUUACCAAAUAGAUUUCUGUCAGUUCUGAUCGCCUUUUGGGCGGUAGGUUCAAAGCUCCAAUUCGAAAACGUUCAAGAUGAAGUUGAAGGAAUUUUCUUUGUUCAUAUCGAAUGAAGCAGAUUCCGAUAUACGCAAAAGCAAAUAAAUUUCUCCGCGUAUUGUACGUAUAUAUGAUUUGUACAAGUUCAGUUUUUAGUUGAGCAAUAAUUUCAAUAUUUUUUACACAUAAUAACAAGGUAAAAAAUGCAUUGCAUUAGCUCAAAAUGUAGUUUCUUAAGUUUGUGAUUAGUUUUUCUAGCAUUUAAUUUAUUUCAUAAUACACAUAUUAAUCGGCUUAACCGCAUUACAUUUCAUUUAAGAAUUCCAUACAUCGAAAGAUGGAAAUCCAUUUUUUGACUCAUUCAUCAGUAAUUCAACUAUGAGAAUAAAUGAGAGGAAUUUUUAUAUGAAACAUAGUUCAAUCAUUGUAUUCUUUAUACAAUGGUUCAAUUCAGUUGGUCUUUAUGUAAAUAUGUAUUGAAAGUGUGUAAAGAAGGGAUGAAAUAUUUCAAGAUCUUCAUGUAAAUGCUCUGUCCCUUAAUAUGAUUUAGUACUACAUAUACAAGGGUUUUGUUGUAUAAUUUCCAAGUCCUGUUUUAGAUGUCAAGAAUUGUUAGAAAUAACAAUAGGUUUAAGAAUACGAGUGAAUUGUUACAUGGAUUUACAAGAGUGUCCAAGCAAAGAGGCGAAAUUAUUCAUGGUUAUGUGCUUGAUAUUUUUAGAAAUAUCGGAUAGUAAUUUAUUGACAUAUUACCUAGAAUUUUAGUAUAUAUGUUAUGCGCGAAUAAUGAGUAUAGAAUUAUAGAUCGAAGUACAUUGUUAAUUGUAACUAGUAUUUAUGCAAUUGUCCAUUAUAUUUAUUUGAAAUUUCUUGGUUCAUCUUCAGAAUGUCAUUCAUUAAUUACAAUGCUUUCUUAGUAGAUGUACUUACUUAUAGUUUCCUAACUUAUUUAAAGCACAAACGCUUUAUACUCUCUGAAGAUCUUGCCUAAUGAAUGUAUGUUAAGUUCAACGAGAUAAUUCAGUGAUAUUCCAUUUACUUAGAUCAUUGAGUGAAUUGGCACUCCAUGUUUAUAACUUCCGUUUUUUAAUAUUCGCAAAUGAAUAUUGUAUAAUUGCUCGUAUGAAAAACUCAAAUAUGUUCAUUUUAUUAUUUUUUUCAUUUCAUCGAAAUGAAUUAUUAUUUUAUGUUCGGUGAAUUUUCGGAAAGAACUAUUUAUUUCGUUUCAGAAAUACAAUAACAAUAAAUACUCAGUUGAAGGCUA